UAACUGAAUAUCAUUAAUGUGAAUAUUUACUCUAUUAAGAGUCGAAUCUUCAUGCGGUCUGGUGCUGAAUUGCUGUACAAUUAAAUAAGAUGUUAAGCAUAGUUAGUAACGCCAUGUGUCUUGUACUGGCGGCCAUUAUCACCAUUGCAAUAGCUAAGUACACAAAUAAAUAUUGCAGUCUAUGUCAGCCAGGGAGUUCGUCUGGGGACAGAGCGAAUCACACCAUGUGCCUUUACCGGGGAGUUGGCCCCGCUUGCACAGACGCCCUGGACGGGGGUGUGAAGGUGGAGGAGCGACACUUGAUUCUGCAGGAGCACAAUAGACUGCGGUCCUGGGUGGCCAGCGGCAACGAGGCGCGUGGUCUAGGAGAGGGAGCACCACAGCCACCUGCCGCCAACAUGAUGGCUCUGAACUGGGACGAAGAACUAGCGAGAGUAGCUCAGCUCUGGGCCGAUCAGUGCGCCUUUCAGCAUGACUGCCGUCACGUUGAGGAUUUUAAGGUAGGGCAGAAUAUCGCUCAGUUUUGGAACAGUGUGGCACCUGUCAUACAGUGGCAGCAAGUUAUUAGGAGCUGGUACGACGAAGUGGGCAGUUGGUCGUCAGCGGAUACUCCGAAAUUCAGGUUCACUGGAACUCAGAAGAUGACAGCGCAUUACACUCAAGUGGUUUGGGCCCAAACUCGAUUUGUGGGCUGCGGUCGCCGAUCAUUUCGAAAGGGACAGUUCUAUGUAGAACACUAUGUAUGUAACUAUGGGCCCACAGGGAACUACAGAGGCGAACCUCUGUACCUCACAGGCGCGCCCUGCAGCCGCUGCCCCGAGGAUUCCGAGUGCACGGGUGGCGUGCUCUGUGUUGCCGGUGCUGGGCGUCGACCGGACAUAUACGCUUACAGAUACCAACACGAACCCAGUGCAGUAAUUGCAACAGCACAUGAUGUGGGAGUUGUGGACCUUAAUGUGACCUCCGCACCAGAGGAUAACAAGCUGUACGCAUCCAGCACAGGGCGGGAAGAAGCAGGACAGGCGUUGCAGGACAAGUGGCUCCGCUAUGUGAUCGUCCGCUAUUCUAAGUCCUGAUUCAACGCAUCCGAAAAACGUUCCAACCUUGUGCAACAUAUAAAGUGAUAGAACGCCUAAGAUGUGCAAAGAGAUUCAAGUAAAAAGGUCUUCAAUUAAAGUACUUAUUGGUUGAACUGAUUGAAAACCUCGCUUUACGUUUUUACUUCCGAGUGAACUCACAGUAUUAAAAAGCAAUUAAAAUGAGUUCAUCGAAAGCUCAUUCGACAUUAACCAAGAGACAGACGGCCAGAUAAAUGUGACUUACAUGUGAGGAGUUACAUUUCAUCUCUCUGCACAUACGACGGGCCAUAUUCUUAACCUAUUAGUGUCAUAUAUGUAAAUGUAUUUACUAAUGUAUGUCUGAUGGAGCACUGGAGAAUAUUUAAAUAUCCUUACUGUCUCUACUAAUUAGGCAAGGUCCUUAAAUAUAUUAUAUUACGUUACAGUAUAUCCAGUUGUGAAAUAAUGGGAAUUAUAAAAUUGGGACUUCUUAUUGUGCAUGUUUGUUGUUAUUGGAAUUUAAUUCCGAAUAAAUAGUGAGAAUUAAUAGAAAUGUAUCUAGUUAUACAGAAAUUAAUUUGGUU